AUGAGAGACGCGAUGGACAUGGAGGACAAAGCGCCACAUUCGAAAGAGAGGGAGCAGGAGGAGAAGGACUCGAGACAGCCAAAAUGUCCUGAAAUGAUUGUGCUACCGACAAACGCCCGAAAGUUUAAAGUGCAGGUUGUCGAACAGUCGGCAGUUGAGCUUGGCAAAGCAAUGGCGCCCCCUAGUGUGUCACGCAAAAGCGGCCUGGAUGCGUACCUACGGCCAACUGCAAGCCCCGCUGGUGUCCCAUCUGCGAAAGCAGUAGUUCUGCGCCGCAUCACGGGCGCUGCCUUAAACGGCUGA